AUACCAAAACGAAUGGAACUCAGCCGCCAUAAACGAAGAAAACACCAAAAUCAUGAGUCAGGCCAUUGGAGUAUUGGGACUUUUACUGCUAGCGUUGACAGCUUCUCUAGCUGACACUUCCGUGAGCCUGAAUGAAAACCGAACUUCGAUCGAAACCACAAACUAUGGACCCGUCACCAUGGUGGUUGACAAUCUGGCGGAGAUUGCGGUGAAUGUCAGCGAUGAGAGCACCGACCAACUGCAGGCCAAGAUGAAUCGUACCGGGCAGGACAUCAGUGGAAAUAUCGAGGUCCUCACCACAAACGCCUUGGCUCAGUUAAGCGAUGUCAUAUUCGAGACCAGCAACGUUAUGAUUGCGAAUCCCGACUGCAAUCCGACUUGGAGUCUAGACGAGGUCAACGAAAAUGUGACUGCUCAAGUGAAUAGGUGCACAGACGGCCUGGUAAUUCUUCUCGAGGACUUCCGCCAAAGCGGCCAACAGGCCAUCGCCAAUGUCCAGGAGUUUGUCCAGAAAAUAGCCCAACUCCCAGCUCAGUGCCAAAUGCUAAACGUGGCACAACUAGGUCCUCUGGCUACCAUCGGAGGGAAUGUGUGUUUUAUCAAUGGUAUGGCCGAGAUCAAUGUGGGCAUGGCCCAAUCCAUGCACAAUGCCUCCCUGCUUAUGGUGCGAACGCAUCAGGCCGCCGAGGAUCAAGUGAUCCUCGCCGAGCACUGCCUUCGAGGGGUCGUGGAGGAGAUCGGUGACUACCUCCGCCAGGAACAGGAUCAAUGCCUACAGUAAAGGCAAACUGUUUUAAGAGAAAUACAAAUUUAUGCACCCAUUGGA